GCCUACUCUCGCCCAGAGCCGUCUCUGCUCUCGCCUACAUGUCAGGUGAGGUGAGGCGCAUCUCAAAACGAGCCUAUUGCCUACGUCAUCAUUGCAACGUUAGCCCCGCCCACUGGCGUGUUAGUGAGAUGAGGAGGAGAGGAGAGCAAUACAGUACAAAAACAACAUUACCUUUCAAAGGCUCCUAAUGCUAGGAAUAUGGUUAUUUAUUUUCAACAAUGUGAAUGUCUCAGUUGAGCUUUAUUUAUUUGUAUUCGAUAUUUCACUGUGAAUUCCUUGGUAAAUCUAUCAUAUUUCGGCACAGUCUUUGCAAACAGACAUUUACUAUAUGGACUCCACAGCAAUGCAACAACAUCAUGAAGUGUGACCUCAAGAAGAAACUCUUACUUUUUUCAUUCGUGCUGUACUUGAUUCUUAACGUGGAAUCAACGCAUGAAGUCAAUGGUACGGUGGAAGAAAACAUCACCGUUGAAUUCACAUUUCAAGAUUCUGUUAUCAACAGUUUUCCCAACAAACGUACAAGUCUGUACAAUAAUGGGAACAAGAAAGGAUAUUGCAGACAAACAGAUACUUCUUGCUCAGAAAAGUUUGUACUCAGUGAUGUGGAAAACAGUACUGUCACACUACACAUCACAAAUCUCUCACUGGAAGAUGAAGGAACAUAUCAUGUUGCGGUGCUUGCUUAUGGUGUAAACCCUCUUAUUGAGAGCAACAAAAUUCAUAUUACAGUCAAAUUAGGGAAUAAAACAACAGAAAUUAUACCCAUAUCUCUCCAUGAAAGCGUAGUGACGAAUCCUCCUAAACUGGAGACAUUGGAACAAAAACCAUUCUUAAUUUUCUUCACUGCAUUACUCAUAAUAUUUAUAUGUCUCUUUGUGGGCAUAUUGUGCUGGUUUUACAGGACCUAUCCAAGAAAACCAGAUGCAGAAAACCCACCAGUUCAGAACAACAGAACACCACAAGGGCAAUGUGGGAGAUCCGGUGCUGUGUUUGUCAGCUGUGUGGAGUAUGGAGAGUUAGACUUUCAAAAUAGACCUGAAAGAGAUGACAGAGUAAACCCUGUCGAGGCAACAUCAAAGGCCCAGGACGGAGUGGAAUAUGCUGCCAUCAUUUUCCCUCAGCAAAAACAGAUACCAAGUGGGCGGAUGAGAAAUAAACAGCAAGUUCACAUGAGCAUGACCAUGAAGAUAACAUCAGAUGUGGCUGCAUGUGUUGGCAUUUGUGAGUAGGAGUGUUGAUGGAGUUAUAAACUACAUUUUAAACUGAGAGCUGGAGAAAAUGAAGACUUCUUUCUCUCUAAAAUUUCUGCAAACAGCAAAACCUAACAUUUCAAACCGCAAAAUAUGCAAACACCUUGUGAAGUAUGACUCUAAACUGCAUGUCGAAUAGUUUCCAGCACCCACACAGGCUUGUCCUGAAUAUCUAAUGAGAAGCCCGAUAUGGCCUAUUAAAGAACUGUGGGCUGACUUUUCGCCGCAUGCAAGUUUCACUUACUUUAAGUUUACAUUGAAAUGUUUUCCUUUGAACCAACAAGAUAACCACAGUAGUGCUGGUUAAGCAUUUAUCAUAGCCUGCUCUGGAGGAACCUCAUGAAUCUUAUUUUCCAUUCAUUGUGCUCAUUGAGACAGUUACAUCCUGUAACUAUCAUUCAGGUAGGUCUUUAUUACUUUUUCUAGAAUCAUAUUUUGUCUUCUGGUUCUAUAAAUAUUUAACAGAAAAGCAUUAAUACUAUGCCUAUAUGAGAGGUGAUAUUUGUGAAUACACUGUGGACACUAUUGGGAAUUGUUACGAUGUGCAGCAGAGAAUAUUUUUACAAUACCAUUUUAAAAAAGAAAUAAAGAAAAAAAAUUCAUUAAAACAAAAUUUUAAUAAACAGAUUCAUUAAGUGGCAUUGUAACAGUUAUCUUCAGUUAGCCUAGUUUCAGUUUCAUGGACUUUCAGUUUGUUUUCUAUUAUCACAUGUUCAUAUUCCCGCCACUCAUCUAUCACCUUGGUUACCAUCAUUACUUGUUCAUAUUUUUUAGCUGUGUUCUAUUAUCCUCGUUUGUGUUUACUAAUUAAGUCGUUCCCUCUCCUGCGCACCUUGUCCGGUCUCUGCUAUACUCAGAGCCCUGUCCACACGGAGACACGUUUAGCUGUAUACGCAAAAAUUUUGUAACGUAUAGGCGUUUCGUCCAGACGGAUCUGCCAUUUUGGGAGCCUGAAACUGCUAUUUUUUGAAACCGGGUCCCAGAGUGGAUAAAUCUGAAAGCGACACCCUUUGCGUUUUCGUGUGUACAGCCAAUCUGUAUAUUUUGUAUAUUUUGUAUGUAUAUGUCAUCACCCCAAGUCUCGACCCUAGUCAGACACUGCUAUGUCACGUAACAGCAACAACAACUACAAGCUUGUGUUCGUGCUACAGAAGCUACCAGGCCUAUUAGUUUUACUAAAAUAAAGCUUUAUUUCUAAGCUUUACUAAAGUUUGUAUACAGCGCGCAAGGCUUAUGCGCGUGCUCCAAGUCUUAUUCUCCGUUUUUAAUGUAUCUCUGUGGCAGAAUUACAGCACCACAUACUGAUCUGGCAUGUAUACUACAUUGUUUUGAGUCGGUUUCAAUGGUUUCGUGUGUACGCAGAUAUUUCUUGAGAUUAUGAAAAAAAAAUAGGGAAUAGAUAGGAAAAGCUCUGGCUUUGUGUGGAUGUGACCUGUGUAGCAUCUGAAUCGAUCAAACACACAAUUGUAAAAGUUACACUUCCAACCCUUCACCCAUGCAGGCCCCGUAAUGUCUGGCUCCCCCACUGAACGCUAUCACCUUUCUGCUUCAAUCACACACUUCAAAGACACUUGGCACAUUGAUUGUUCUCAAUACAAGAACCAGACAUACAGCCCAUAGAAAUGGCUUCCUUUCCAUUAAUUCAUUGACAAAUUUGCUUAAAUGAAGGAACAUGCAUUUCACUGGUGCAUUUUGUGCAUUAUUACUGUGUGUUAUGCAUGUCUGAAAUUUGGAACUACUAGAUAAUGUAGUUCAUCUAGGUGGUGUUUCAUAUCAAAUUACUCCUUGUUUAAUGACUUACACUUUGGUGGACAUCAACAUCUCAUACAAUGCAUUGUACAGUGCACAGCAUAAAUGAGUACACCCCCUCUGAACAAAUACAAAAGAGGUAUUUUUUUAUGAUCACUAAUACAAUUCAUGGAAAAAUGGCAAAACUAGAAUGUAUUAAACAUGUACAUAAUAAAAACUGAGAAAUAUAUGUGGCCGUGAAAAUGUGUUGACUAUAAAAAAACUCAAACACAGCCAGACAUCUAAAAAAAAGAUUCUUUAUUUCUGACUGCGUAUGAGAAAGACGCGGCAUUAAUGUCUGAGGUUUCCAUUUGAGGGAAGGUGUAUAAACAAAAUUUGUACAGCGGAAAACAACAACAAAAAAUAAAUAGAAGAAAAUUUGUUCAAACAGAGAGUUCACAAAGUAUAGUUUGAAUCGCAAUGUUCCACAAAUGUACAAAGAAACAAACUAAAAUAAAAGAUAACAGUCUCUUCCUGGGUACUUAAUUCAGAUCAAUUUGCACAAAUUUCCUUUACAACUAUGAAAGGAGUUGUAACCUUCUCAAAAAUAAAAGUACGCAAAACUCAAAGUACACACUAUUUGUUCAAUACCCCCAAAUAAACAAUGGUAGUGGCUUGAUGUUUUCUGGAUAAAGAACAAAAUAGAAACAUUAUUAAAGAUGCAUUCUCAUAAGCCACACACACUUGUAGGACCAAAACUAAAUACAUUUAACCCUUUAAAACCGGAUGUGUCGUCGGCGACACAUCCAACCAAGCUGUAUUCAUGUUACCGUAACUCUUGAACCGUUUGCGCCAUCGUAAUAAUUCAAAUUGCUACAGAUAAUAGACAACAUGGGCUUUUCGGCAAUAUAAGGGUUAUUACGGUAAUUUCGUGCCUUCCAUCAGCAAAUGGCAGCCGCUUUCGGGGAGAGAGGGUGGAAGGAGGAUUUGAACGUAGAUAUGGAGCGCGGCAGUUUAGGGAGUUUUGGAUCGCAUAAAUAAUAGAAGAAACAAACAAAAACAUGGUGAAGGAGUACACAGUCAAUUGGGACGAUUUUUUAUAAGACUUGGGAGGAGGCUAAGUGAGGCUCGCAUUUCGCAUUUGGUGUGUGCAACUGUAUAACGUGUCCGUGCGGUAAAUGUAUGCGUGCUGAUGCGUGCAUAUGUAGUAUAUGUAUGCGUGUAUGAAAAAAAAUUCUCCUGAAUGAAAACUGUGCAACCAAAUGUCACAAAAUGACUUGUAUAUAUGUAAUAUAGUUGGAUUUUCAAGUUUGAAGUGUUAGAUUCUUUCGAUCAUCAUUUUUCUCUUUUUUUUUCUAAAUAAAAAUCAGAAAAUGUUUUUUUUUUUUUUUUUUUUUUCGUCUAUUUAAAUUCUGUUUAGAAACUCACCAUAUACAUUAAUGGUCAAUAACUGUAAUUUAUUGAAAGCCAGUUGUUUUCUGAAAAAAAUGACACCUUGCACUUGAAGAUAGCACAUUGUUAGAGAAUUUUAUAAUAAAAAAAAAAAAACAUAAUAUGUGAAAACGGGCUAUUUUAGCUUUAGGUUCUAAAGGGUUAACAUUCUCCACAUGAGCAUUAACAUUAUAUUCAUUUUUAUUCCUUAAGAUAAGUUAUUAAUAAAGUUGAAUGAAUAUCGAUGUCAAAAACAGUAUACAGCUCUUAAACAAUUUCAUAAGUGAACAUAAGCAUUUACAAUAAAGAAUAAAAUAAAUAACACUCUCUAUGACGCGCACAAUAGAAAUCUCACGCAGCUGACAAUUCACGUGCACUCACGUCUCUUCGUUCUCCCCUCUGAUACCAUUUAUCAAAAAAAAAGAAUUACUAUUCACUUUUCCCUCAAAAUGACAACAUAAACUACAACAGAACACUCAAACAUGUAAUGAUUACAUUGAACGAACAUUCACGCUCAAUAUCUGUCACUCGGGAAAAUAACGUAAUCCGUGCGAUCAACACCUGCCACAGCUGCACAGUAAACGGAAUCAAACACCAAAAUUCGGAUUUCCUCCUUUCUUCCAGAAAAAUGGUGUUAUUUGCCACCGCACUUCAGUUCUCGUGUGCUCCGUGAUGUCUCUAUUUUCAGUCCCGAACGCAUAUUCUUUCUGUAGUUGUGUAACUGCACUACCUAUACGCAAAAGUGCCCCCUAAUGGCGGGUAGGAAUGACUACAAGCUUCUUUUUUUUUUUUUGCCCUGGUUACACUCUCCCCUACCACAAGUCAGCGACGCGUGGACUUUCCUCUUAACUGUCCACAGCACCUUUCAGUUUUUCAGACAUGUACAUUACCAUGCCUUCCAAAACUUGAGACAAAACGUCUGGGCUGAAUGAUACAGCAUUACAGGUGGACUUGGGCAAAUUGUACGGGUUACUGUGUUUACCUGCAGUCUGCCUUUAAGACCGACGUGGCACCGAUGUAGGUGCUCUUGGCUCAACUGGGACAGCCAAACUACGUCUCUGAGCCGGAACUGGACGCUUCACCACAGUAACAGAAACAGAGUCCAUUGGCUCCACUUCUACGCUACCCAUUUCAUCGUCUGCAUUUCUCUCCAUUGCAGUUAGUGGUUUAUCAACACUCUCGCAUUCUCCGAAUUCAGGCUCUAUCGAAACCUCUACCUGCGGACUGGACUGUUCCAGACUUCCUUCCACUAAAGGCUUUGGCUGCCCUCUUGCUGUUCGCCAUGUCUCCUCACGUGAGGCGUCACGUUGUAUGCAUACACCAAUUCUGGCAGGUGUUCAGGCCACCUCCUCUUCUUGUCGGGUGGUAGCGAGCGCAGCAGGUCAUGCAGAGUGCGGUUGAGCCGCUCACAAUGGGGUUCCCUUGCGGGUGAUAUAGAGUGGUUCUUGACUUCCAUACCCCCAUACAAUUUACAAAGUUCUGCUAUGACCGCGCUCUUAAAGUUCCUCCCCUGGUCGGAGUUCAGUCUCUGCGGUACUCCAUACCUGAGAAACCACUCUUUCAAGAGGACCUUGGCGGUGGUAUCCACUUUCUGAUCCCGGGUGGGGAACGCCUGGCUAAACUUGGUAAAAACGUCCGUCACCACCAGGACGUUUUCUCUGCCAUCAGAGGUGGGCUCAAGGGUAGUAAAAUCAACAGCUACCACUUCCAAUGGGCGGGAAGCCAGAAAAUGGUCCAGGAUGCCCGUAUCUUGGGCUGAGGCAUCUUAGCAAGCACACAACGUUGCACAAUUCUUCACCCAUUUGUCUACAGCCUCAUGCAUCCCUGCCCAAUAGCAUCUUUGCUUGAGCAAGCCCAACGUUCUCUCAAUUCCUUGGUGUCCCAUUUGGUCAUGAACACUUCGUAGCACUGCCUCAACAAAACAAGUGGGAAGCAACAGCUGCUGACACUGACCUAGGAACACAUCAUCAACUACCCGAUACAAUAAUCCUCCAUCUUCCUUGAUCUUGUCCCAUUGCUUGAGCAAUGACCGCACCUGCCGAGGCAAAUCCCGUCUCUCGCGGGCGGAAGGCUUCCUCCUCGCUUUCCAAAACUGUUUUAGGAUACUCAGAGAAGGAUCAGCAUCCUGAAAGCAACAGAGCUCCUUUUUUGUAUACCCGGGUAAAGUUGGAGUGUUUCCAAGGGCAUGUUCUGGGCUAACUUCCCCUCAAUCAGAUCUACUGGCACCGGUCUAGCCAUUGCAAGGUCUGGUUCUACAGCCGUUCCCGCCUGUAGCUCAUUGCAAAUGGCUACACAGCCAUCAAACUCAGCAUCUUCGGUCACUACCUCUGCACUUUCUAGCUGCGGCCUCUGGGAAAGAGUGUCAGCCGCUGUAUUAUAACGCCCCGGCCGGUAGCGAACCUCGAAAUUGAACACUGCGAGCUGUGCCACCCACCACUGCUCCACCGCUCCCAACUUAGCCAUGUUAAGAUGACAGAGUGGGUUGUUGUCAGUGAGGACAGUGAACUGCGAUCCUAGCAGGUAACCUCAGAACUUUUCUGCUACAGCCCACUUCAACGCUAGGAGCUCUAAUUUCAUGCUGCUGUAGUUCUGGUCGUUGCGUUCGGCACCUCUCAACCUUCGACUAGCAUAGGCUAUGACCUUUUUUCUCCCACUCUGGUACUGGUACAAGACAGCGCCCAAACCCAAGCUACUGGCAUCUGUCUCCAGCAUGAACGGAAGAGAGAAGUCGGCAUAUCCCAGCACUGGAGCGCAGGUCAGCUCCCUCUUCAGACGCUCAAAUGCCUGUUGGCACUCAGAUGUCCAAGACCCCUGGAACCACUUAUCGCACUGGGCCCCACUACCCUUUUUGGUGCACAUAUUCACAACAUCGUGCAAAGGUCCUGCCACCUUGGAGAAACCCGCAAUGAACCGUCGGUAAUAACUGCAAAACCCCAAAAAGGACCACAGUUCCUUCACAGCACUAUGCGCUGGCCACUGCUCUACAGCACUAAUCUUAUCAGGGUCAGGGCCUACCCCUUGGGCCGAUACUCAGUGCCCCAGAAACCUCACCUCCGCUUGGAGAAAGUGGCACUUCUCCACUUUAAUCUUCAACCCAGACUCCCACAGCCGGCAUAGCACUAUUUCAAGUCUGGACAGGUGAGUCUCGAAUGUAUUUGAAUAGACCAAAAGAUCAUCCAAGUAAACAAGAACUAUUUGGAACACCAGAUCACCCAUUACAGGCCUGCAUGAGUCUCUGGAAUGUUGCCGGUGCAUUGCAGAGACCAAACGGCAUCCGUUCAUACUCUUAUGCCAAUCCUUCUCGUGGACAGCCACUUGGUGAUAGCUGCUUUGCCAGGCCUAUGGUUGAAAACACCUGGGCCUUACACAGCGCAUCUAGGCUCUCGUCGAUUAGCGGCAGGGGAAACGCAUCUCGCUGAGUCUUCGAGUUCAGGUUUCCGGUAGUCUAUGCAUAGCCGCAAACUCCCAUCGGCCUUCCUGACUAAGACCACCGGGGAUGCCGCCGGGACGCACGUUUUGAGUUUGCCAGCUAGUCGAACUGUGGAGCUUGCCCCAAUUAGCGCAUCUUCAUUUACCUUACUAAAAGCAUCUCGCCAAUGUGAGUCUAGUGUUCCCGCCAGGGCAUUAUCAAACUCGGCCAAGAUCAGCUGUUUGCAGCGCUGUGCAAUAUUCAUGGCAAGAAUUCCUGGAGGUGAAGAAUCAUCUUCUCCAUCCUUCUGGUCUCGGACUAUCAAGAAUCCACAACCAGGUAUUGUUAACCCCAAACCUGAAUAUCCAACUCCACAUACCCCAAAUAUGGGAGAGGCAGUUUGUUAGCGGCUGUAAUCCGCAACCACUUCAUGGUGCUGUGCAUAUUCCCCUUGUCAUUGCUUGGCUCUGCUCAAUGGAGGGACCACGUUUCCCCGACGCUCAUUCUUCGGCAGGGGCCACUACCUGUCCUUCCUGUUUGGGCGGCAAUGUGCACUUGUGGGCUGUAUGUCCCACACCUUCACACCUAAAGCAAACUGGCUGACCGUCUCGAGUAUAUCUGGGCUUAUUUUUACCUCGUUGGAGCCUUUCAGAGCCCAAACUAGCUCUUUGAGUCGUAAGGCUACGGACUGCAUUAGUUAACUCGCCAAUUGCUUUUCCUUAUUGUGCCACUGCUUUCAGGGGUCAUCCGCUUUUCUUGGAAAGUGGCCCUUAAGCAAUCAAAUAGGUCCCGAGGCAUUGCAUCCUCCUUCCCCACACACAAUUUAACCUCAUCAAGCGCUGAUCCCCUUAAGUGUGACAAAAUAAAGUGUGCCUGAUCUUCUUCACUCAAUCCCCUUACCCGAAUUACUCGUUCGAGUUCCUCAAACUCGUCAAUGGUCUGGCAGUCUUUACUAGGGUCACCACAAUAAGGAACAAUUUGUCUUUCUCUGGGAAUAUAGACAUAUGAUCUAGUAUUCACACUGCUCAGACUAGCAAGUGUCGACAUCACCUGGUCAUGUCUCCUUCCCAGCUCCUGAAUUUGUGACCGGAGCUGUAGGAAAGGAUUACCUCUCUCCUCGUCGUCAGCGCUGAAGGCAGCACCAGCCCCAUGGCUGUCGACCUCCUCUGUGAUCACCUCAUCAGGAGCUUCUGCCUCCAUACCUCAGUAAUCAAGAGUCUCAGUCUCUACAAAGUUCACCCACAAACACAGUCUGAUGCAGCCUCCUUGUUUCAGCAGGUCCUGGCACUCUGGCUCCUUGUCUUCCCGCAGUCCUUCCUGGUUCUGUGCACAGCUCUCUCGGCGGACUCUGGGACAC